AUUUAGACGAAAAAAAAAAGAAAAAAGGAAAAAAAAAAACUCAACAAAAGAUUACGGAGCUCCUCGAUCCACCACUGGUUCUGCGGUGGAGGGAAGGAGAGGAGAGGAGAGAGAUCUCCAUUUCCACACUCGCGUAGAUCUCUCUCGCCGCACUCUCCUCCUCUGUCUCAAAUCGAAUCCACUGUUGUUGUUGUUAUUGUUGUUGAUGCCACCAAUACGUCGAGACUCCGUGCGCUUGUGAAGUGAAGAACUAGAUCUAUCUAAGCUGAGAAGUUUUAUAGCUAUUUGCAAAGCUGGCGGCGGCUCUAGCGUGGAGGUACACCGGCGCCAAUGGCGGCAGCCAUGGAGCCGCAGAUCUGGAGAGAAGUAUGGAUAAUAAAAUUCCAGAUUCAGAACCUGCAACCCCACACUCAGUUGCGAGGAUGGGUUCAAGAGACCGCGCUGCUAUGGAAGAUGCUGAUGGAACACUUUCUAGUAUUGCCCAAUGUAUCGAACAAUUGCGCCGAAGCUCCUCAACAGCCCAAGAGAAAGAGAGCUCCUUGAGACAGUUACUAGAUCUUAUUGAAACUCGUGAUACUGCUUUCGGAGCUGUUGGUUCUCAUUCUCAGGCUGUCCCAAUACUUGUCUCUCUCCUCAGAUCAGGAUCAUUAGGAGUGAAGAUGCUCUCCGCUACUGUUCUGGGGUCUCUUUGCAAGGAGGAAGAACUAAGGGUGAAAGUGUUACUUGGUGGUUGCAUCCCUCCUUUGCUAGCCCUACUUAAGGCCAGCUCAGUUGAAGCGCAAACUGCUGCUGCCAAAACUAUAUAUGCCGUCUCUCAAGGUGGGGCGAGGGAUCAUGUUGGAUCAAAAAUCUUUUCAACUGAAGGCGUUGUACCUGUAUUGUGGGGACAGCUGAAAAAUGGUCUCAAGAGUGGAAGUUCGGUUGACAGCCUGCUUACUGGAGCACUGAAGAACUUAUCAAAGAGCACAGAAGGUUUCUGGUCUGCAACUAUACAAUCUGGUGGAGUUGACACACUUAUAAAACUGCUGGUUUCUGAACAGACAAGUACCCUUGCAAAUGUUUGUUAUCUACUUGGAUGUGUGAUGACAGAAGAUGCAUCAGUCUGCUCCCAAGUUUUAGCCACAGAAACCACAAAGCAGCUCCUCAAGUUAUUGGGGCCCGGUAAUGAGGCUUCUAUCAGGGCUGAGGCGGCAGGUGCCCUCAAAUCUCUCUCAGCACAGUGUAAGGAAGCCAGGCGUGAGAUAGCUAAUUUUAAUGGGAUACCUGCUUUGAUAAAUGCAACCAUUGCUCCAUCAAAGGAAUUUAUGCAAGGGGAAUCUGCCCAAGCAUUGCAGGAGAAUGCUAUGUGUGCAUUGGCAAAUAUAUCUGGGGGGUUGUCUUAUGUCAUAUCCAGCCUGGCUGAUAGCCUUGAAUCAUGUGCUUCACCUGCACAGACUGCUGAUACACUUGGUGCUUUAGCUUCUGCCCUGAUGAUAUACGACACAAUUGCUGAAUCUGUCGGUGCAUCUGACCCUCCGAAUAUCGAGAAGAUACUGGUAAAACAGUUUAAACCCAAGUUGCCAUUUCUUGUACAGGAGCGUGUAAUUGAAGCAUUAGCCAGUUUGUAUGGUAAUGCUAUUCUCUCAAAGUCACUUGGCAAUUCUGAUGCUAAACGCUUGCUUGUCGGUCUAGUAACCAUGGCAACUAAUGAAGCACAGGAUGAGCUCAUAAAAUCUCUUCUUGCUCUCUGCAACAAGGAAUGCAGUCUUUGGCAUGCAUUGCAAGGCCGUGAAGGGGUUCAGCUGUUGAUAUCUCUUCUUGGCCUCUCCUCAGAGCAACAACAGGAAUGUGCAGUUGCUUUGCUUUGCCUCUUAUCAAAUGAAAAUGAUGAAAGCAAGUGGGCUAUAACUGCUGCUGGAGGUAUACCUCCUCUUGUUCAAAUACUAGAAACGGGGUCUUCAAAAGCCAAAGAAGAUUCUGCAACUAUACUUGGAAACCUUUGUAACCAUAGCGAAGAUAUACGGGCUUGUGUUGAAAGUGCUGAUGCGGUUCCUGCUUUACUGUGGCUGCUAAAAAAUGGAAGUGACCAUGGAAAGGAGAUUGCUUCUAAGACAUUGAAUCAUCUAAUCCAUAAAUCCGAUACGGGAACCAUCAGCCAAUUGUCUGCUCUGCUAACCAGCGAACAACCUGAGUCUAAAGUUUAUGUUUUGGAUGCAUUAAGAAGCUUGCUUUCAGUGGCACCUCUUAAUGACAUUUUGCAUGAAGGAAGCGCUGCUCAUGAUGCCAUUGAAACAAUGAUUAGAAUCUUGAGCUCCUCCAAGGAAGAAACUCAGGCCAAAUCAGCCUCCGCUCUUGCAGCACUAUUUCAUUGCCGCAAGGACUUGAGAGAAACUCAUGUUGCAGUGAAGACUCUUUGGUCAGUUAUGAAGUUGCUUAAUGUGGAGUCUGAUAAAAUUCUGAUGGAGGCUUCCUGCUGCCUUGCUGCUAUUUUUCUUUCAAUUAAACAAAGCAAAGAGGUUGCUGCAGUAGGUAGAGAUGCUCUGAAUCCGUUGAUUUCGCUUGCAAAUUCCUCAGUGCUAGAAGUGGCAGAACAGGCAACACGAGCUUUGGCGAACCUUCUCCUGGAUAAUGAAGUGUCUUUGCAAGCAGCUCCAGAUGAAAUUAUUUUUCCAGCAACACGAGUCCUGCGAGAUGGCACCAUUGAUGGAAGAACUCAUGCUGCUGCUGCAAUUGCACGUCUUUUGCAGUCUCGUUCCAUUGACCGGUCAUUGUCGGACAUUGUAAACCGUGCUGGGACAGUUCUUGCUCUUGCUGCACUUUUGGACUCUGCUGGUACUGAAGCUGCUGCUACAUCAGAAGUUCUUGAUGCACUGGUGCUAUUGUCGAGAUCAAGAGGAGUGAAUGACAAUAUAAAACCUCCAUGGGCCAUUCUUGCUGAAUUUCCCCACACCAUACUCCCUCUUGUUGCAUGCAUAGCUGAUGAAUCACCUUCCUUGCAAGAUAAAGCUAUCGAAGUUGUGUCAAGAUUGUGUCGUGAUCAGCAUGCUGUAAUAGGUGGCUUAAUAUCGAAGACCUCAGGGUGCAUCCCAUCAAUUGCUAGACGAAUUAUUAGCUCGAGCCACUUGAAAGUCAAAGUUGGUGGAGGUGCUCUUCUUAUCUGUGCUGCCAAAGAGCACGGUCAGAAGCUCAUAGAAGAUUUGAGUGAAUCAAACUUGUGCAGUCAGCUCAUUCAUUCUCUAAUUGAUAUGCUUCAUUUGACAAAUUCGUCAGCUGAGAACAGAGGAAGUGAAAAUAUUAUGGAUGUAAGUAUUCAGAGGCAUUCCAAGGAGCAAUACCCAAGUGGUGAAGCUCGAUGUUGCACUAGUAUGAUCUCUGGUAACAUGAUUGCCUUGUGGCUUCUUUCUGUGCUUGCUUGUCACGAUAACAAAACUAAAGCAGAAAUUCUGGAAGCCGGAGCAGUUGAAAUUCUUACUGAAAAGAUCUCUCAGAAUGCAUUCCUAUAUCUGCAGAGCGAUUCUAAGGAGGAAGAUAACACGUGGGUUUGCUGUUUACUCCUUGCGGUGCUGUUCCUAGAAAGAGAUGCCAUAAGGUCGAAUGCUGCAAUGCACUCCAUUCCCGUCCUCUCAAACUUAUUGAGGUCAGAAGAGUCGGCAAUUAAAUACUUUGCUGCACAAGCUUUGACGAGUUUAAUCUGUAACGGUAGCAGAGGAACUCUUCUGGCUGUUGCUAAUUCUGGAGCAGCUAGUGGACUUAUUUCUUUGCUUGGCUGUGCUGAUACUGAUAUUGCUGAUCUUUUGGGACUCUCGGAGGAGUUCAAUCUGGUGUGUAAUCCAGAGCAAAUCGCACUGGAGAGGCUGUUUAGAGUUGAUGACAUUAGGGUUGGCGCAACUUCUAGAAAAGCCAUACCUGCACUUGUUGAUUUACUCAAACCAAUUCCAGACCGACCUGGUGCACCUUUCCUGGCUUUGGGGCUUCUAACCCAGCUAGCAGUAGAUUGUCCGUCAAACAAGCUGGUCAUGGCUGAAGCUGGGGCCCUAGAGGCUCUUACUAAGUAUCUCUCGCUCAGCCCACAAGAUGCGACUGAAGAAGCUACAACAGAAUUACUGGGCAUUCUAUUCAGCAGCGCUGAGAUAAGGCGUCACGAAUCUGCAUUUGGUUCUGUUAAUCAGCUUGUCGCAGUUUUACGUUUGGGAGGAAGAAACUCCAGAUACAGUGCAGCCAAAGCAUUGGAGAGCUUAUUUUGUGCUGAACAUAUCAGGAACGGGGAGUCAGCUAGGCAAGCUGUUCAGCCUCUCGUAGAGAUUUUGAAUACUGGCUUAGAGAGGGAGCAACAUGCAGCUAUUUCUGCACUCGUUAGGUUGCUCUGUGAUAACCCAUCAAGAGCCCUUGCUGUUGCUGAUGUUGAGAUGAACGCAGUAGAUGUUCUUUGCCGGAUUCUUUCUUCUAACUGUUCAGUUGAACUGAAAGGAGAUGCUGCAGAACUAUGCUGCGUUCUUUUUGCAAAUACGAGGAUUCGAUCUACGAUGGCUGCAGCCCGUUGUGUGGAGCCGCUGGUGUCUCUCCUAUUAAGCGAACCUAGCCCUGCUCAGCAUUCAGUAGUUCGUGCAUUAGAUAAGCUUUUAGAUGAUGAGCAGUUGGCGGAACUAAUUGCUGCUCAUGGUGCUGUUGUUCCUCUCGUCAGUCUUCUAUUUGGUAAAAAUUACAUGCUUCAUGAAGCAGUUGCUAGGGCUUUGGUGAAGUUAGGAAAGGACAGGCCAGCGUGUAAACUCGAAAUGGUAAAGGCUGAAGUGAUUGAAAGCAUACUUGAUAUUCUCCAUGAAGCUCCCGAUUUUCUCUGCAUAGCUCUUGCUGAAUUACUUCGAAUCUUGACCAAUAAUGCUAGCAUUGCCAAGGGUCCAUCUGCAGCCAAAGUUGUGCAGCCACUUUUUGCUCUAUUAUCCAAGGAAGAAAUUGGCCCUGAUGGCCAGCAUAGUACGCUGCAAGUCCUUGUGAACAUUUUGGAGCAUCCCCAGUGCCGAGCUGAGUACAACUUGACACCCCAUCAGACUAUCGAACCGGUUAUUGGUUUAUUGCGCUCAUCAGCGCAAGCUGUGCAACAGCUAGCUGCAGAGCUACUCUCUCACCUCCUUUUGGAAGAACACCUACACAGGGAUCCCAUAACCGAGCAAGCCAUUGGUCCACUUAUUCAAGUUCUUGGGUCAGGCCUACCAAUUUUACAGCAGAGAGCUAUAAAAGUUCUCGCCAACCUCGCAUUAGUUUGGCCAAACACAAUAGCAAAAGAGGGUGGUGUCUUUGAGCUGUCCAAAGUGAUAUUGCAAGCCGAUCCUCCUUUACCUAAUGUCAUAUGGGAGUCUGCUGCAUCUACUUUGUCCAGUAUUCUACAGUACAGCUCUGAAUUCUUCCUGGAAGUGCCUGUUGCUGUGCUUGUGCAGUUGCUUCGUGCUGGAACAGAGAAUACUGUUGUAGGAGCGUUAAAUGCCUUGCUUGUUUUAGAAAGUGACGAUUCGACCAGUGCAGAAGCAAUGGCUGAGAGUGGUGCUGUUGAAGCACUUUUGGAUCUUCUGAGGAAUCAUCAAUGUGAGGAGACUGCAGCAAGACUUCUAGAGGCGUUGCUGAACAAUGUAAAGAUUAGGGAAGCAAAAGCUGCAAAAUCUGCCAUUGCACCAUUAUCUAUGUACCUUCUGGAUCCACAAACACAAUCACAGCAGGGAAGGUUGCUAGCAGCUCUUGCUCUUGGGGACCUUUUCCAAAACGAAGGCCUUGCUCGAUGUACGGAUGCUGUUGCAGCAUGUCGUGCUCUGGUAAACCUUCUUGAAGAUCAGCCAACAGAGGAGAUGAAAGUGGUAGCCAUAUGUGCUUUGCAAAAUCUCGUAAUGUACAGCAGAUCGAAUAAGAGAGCUGUUGCCGAAUCCGGUGGUGUUCAGGUUGUGCUCGACCUUAUCAAUUCCAGCAAUCCAGAUACAUCUGUUCAGGCUGCAAUGUUUGUUAAGCUUCUCUUCUCAAAUCACACCAUACAAGAGUAUGCUUCCAGCGAAACUGUCAGGACUAUAACUGCUGCAAUCGAAAAGGAUAUAUGGGCCACCGGGAGUGUGAGUGAGGAGUACCUUAAAGCACUUAAUGCACUGAUUAGUAACUUCCCUCGAUUGAGGGUCACUGAACCAGCAACAUUAUGCAUUCCCCAUCUUGUAACAUCCCUCAAAACAGGAUCGGAAGCAACUCAAGAAGCAGCACUUGAUGCACUUUAUCUUCUAAGGCAAGCUUGGUCUGCGUGUCCGAUUGAAGUAUUCAAAGCUCAAUCAGUGGCUGCUUCGGAGGCUAUUCCUCUACUUCAGUACUUGAUUCAGUCUGGGCCGCCACGGUUUCAGGAGAAGUCUGAGCUGCUUUUGCAGUGUUUACCAGGGACACUUACGGUCAUAAUAAAGCGUGGGAACAAUUUGAGGCAGUCGGUAGGAAACCCUAGCGUCUACUGCAAACUCACACUCGGAAACAACCCCCCUAGACAGACGAAGAUCGUGUCAACUGGUCCAACUCCUGAAUGGGAUGAAGGCUUUGCAUGGGCAUUUGACAGUCCCCCGAAAGGGCAGAAGCUUCACAUUUCCUGCAAGAAUAAGAGCAAAUUUGGGAAGAGCUCAUUUGGAAAAGUCACAAUUCAGAUUGAUCGGGUAGUUAUGCUGGGAUCAGUUGCUGGUGAGUAUACUUUACUGCCUGAAAGCAAAAGCGGACCUUCUCGAAACCUAGAGAUUGAAUUCCAGUGGUCAAACAAAUGACAACCCUCAAUAAGGUAAAUGAUCUAUGUAGUUUUGUUAUUUAAAAGGAGUUUAUACUAUUUCUGUGUUUCUGUCCUGCUAAAUGUUGUUGUUCCCUUUGUGUAUCAGUGUAAAUAGUUAGCAGGUAAUUUGUUUCGUUUGCACCCUUUCUUAUGAGGAGAUACGUGUGUUGAAUUACAUUAUUUUUUUGUGAGAUAGACAGAUGUUUCAAAUCUGCAUCUGGCUUGUAAUAAUUCAUUCUUUACUUUGAGAGUUUUGUUUGGCUAAAUCUACUGAAUAUAAUUCUCCCCGUCCAACUGUU